AUGGCCACUUCCACAAAACUGUCUUUCCGUGCCCGAGCACUCGAUUCCAACAAGGCAAUGUGCGUCUACUAUGCUUCCGAGCUCCCAGAUCUCUCAGACUGUACGCCAAUUGCACGUGCGGUGGCACAAAUGCCGACAGGAAUGGAGAAAGAGGAAGAAAUGGAGUCUCAUCUUCAAGAUGCAAUUAUCGCUCAGCAAGCAAGUACAUCGGGAAUCCGAGUAGAUAAUCAUGUUAUUCCUACACCAAAAGUUUUCGAAAUUAGUAAUAAAAGAUACGAUGAAAUAUAUCCUCCUCAACCCUCUCCGCCAAAAAACCACUAUAUUAAAGUUCAAGAGCCUGAUUACGAUGUAGACUCAGAAGACGAAAAAUGGUUGUGUGAACGGCCUCACAUAGAAGCACGAACUUUAGAGCGUAUAUUCGACACUCUAGAAGCUCAAUCUUCUGAUAAUAACAUUUGUCUACCUGCAACAGCUCGAUCAGUUCUAACAGCCUUCGAUGAAGGUGUUGUUGAUGAUGUCUAUGAUUACUGGCUUGCUAAGAGAGAGAAGUCUGCUGCUACGAGAUCGUUCCAACUCGGAGUUGGAGGAUUAAUUCCUCGAGUUAGGACCGAAUGUCGAAAGGAUUCUCAAGGUGCCAUCAAUCCGUAUGUUGCCUUCAGAAGACGAGCAGAAAAGAUGCAAACAAGAAAGAACCGAAAGAAUGAUGAAGACUCUUAUGAGAAGGUCUUAAAACUAAGUCACGAUCUACGUAAAACGGUAACCUUGUUCGACAUGGUUAAACGUCGUGAAAAAACAAAGCUGGCUUUAAUUGAUUUGGACUCCGAUAUUUUGGCUCACAGAAUGGGUCUAGCAGAUUUCGGAUCUGUUAUCUUCAAUCAGUUCAUGGCUAAAUUAAGAUCAGAUAAGCCAUUAACUACUAUCAAUGGGAUUAGCAAAAUGGAAGGAGAAGAAGUCCCUAAGAAAAGAAGCAAAAAGUUCUCACGCAAGAUCAGACCUAGCUUGGCAAGCAUGGACCGAGAAGUUCCAAACAAGGCCUGGCUUAAAAAGAAUGCCGAAGUUUGGAACCGCCCUCCAACAGUAUUUUGUCCCAAUGGUGUAUCACCGGUUGUUGAAGUUGAAAGGUGUGCCCAAGCUGCAAGUGAUGCUAACCUGGAUGGCCGGUACACUUUCAAGCGAAGGCGAGGUUGCUGUUAUCGAGCACCUCUUAUCCCUAAAACCGACGCUCCCUCCUUACCGAAGAUUUCGUCUAGAAGACAUUUCGUCAAUGUCGCUCUGCCUUCUGCGAAUGGCGUUAUGAGAUCUCCAGUUUUGGCUAGGAAACGCGUCGGCAGAGGUGGUCGUAUUAUAUACGAUCGCCUUAUUGCACUUGAACCACGUGUUCCUAAAGUGUAUGAUCCUUUCGAGGAAGAAUACACAGAAGAUUUAUCUCUGAACUUCCAAAGUAAAAUCCACCCAUGGUCCAAUGAAUCUCGCCCUCUUGUUGAGCGAUGGCCCCGUGAGGAGGACGACUACUUGAUGGAAGAAAAAUGGAUCUCAGGAAACGAGCAAUCUUCCACUGUUCCCUCUUGCGAAAAAAUCGAAACAACCCCUAAGGACAAUUCGGGAAACGGAUUGUCGGGCAGAGUGGAUCAUCCCCCCACGGUACCGACCAAGGCAUGUGGCGAGACAACGGAUGACUGGAGAGAGGGUAGUGGGUCACCAUCAGAGUCUAAUUCCUCUGCCGAAUGGACCACACCACCUUCCCUAGGGGCUAGGCUCACGGAUUUCGCUUUUACUUCCGGAGAGGAAGAUGCGCGCACAGGAGAACACCCCGUAGCAUUACAGCCUCCAGUGAAAGAGUCGAUGAUGGGUGUCGGUGCUACAAUGAUGGAGUGUACUCCUUAUAUUCUAGCUCCUCCUUCUGUGGGUAGCUAA